ACUAGUUUUUCAUUUUUAAAAUGUCCCAUUUAAAUGCCCGUGGUUCAUUUUAAAUGCACGUGGUUCUUCCAGGCGCGAAUUAAUGAGUAGGAAUUAGCCUACAUUAAAACACUAAGGCUUGGUUUUUGUGGAUGUCCAUUUUGUUCAAUCAGAAUCUUCGUUUCUGUAACUACAACCCUAUCGAAGCGACGGAUGCGAAGUUAAAUAUUUAUUUCACUAACUGUCCAGUUAUAAGAAUAUAUUAUCGACUGACAGUUUCUUUUACUAAAGGUAUGGAGGUAGACGGGGUGGAAGGGGUGUCGGUCUUGGGUGAAGUGAACAUGCAGCAGUUACGGCUAGUCACAGGUCACAUUUAUGGAAACACAAUUCAGUUAUUCAACAUCAAAAAUACAAGUGACGGAAGCAGUAUCAUCUCCAUAGACCCAUCUCAUACCGCGUACAGCACCCCUAUUGCCAUGGAACAGGUCAUCAUAGAUGCCUCCUCUCUGUCCCACAACCACGUGAUCAUCACUCGAAACUCGGGCAUCCAGAGCACGGACGAUGAUUCGGACACCGACGUUAAUGAUAAGAUUGCUGCCGGGAUGUACAGCUAUCAUGAAAUUAAAACGGAGGAGCUCUCAGAAGAUCUGGUACCGGAUCGGUUGGAUCGAUUGAGUCAGAGCAUUUCACAUCACGAUUAUAUAUCAUCUUCUGUUCCAAUUUUAUCGAGAGCCAGGCCCCUGGAGCUUGGUGUAUCUAAGAACAACUAUGUCCCAGUGGAGAAUGGAAUACACACUGAGGGUGCAAGUGAUGGCGGACUGGUUAUUGAAGAAGCUGUGGAACAAGAAGUCUUAACGACUUCCACUAGUUUGGAGGACGAAGAAAUUGUGAGGAGCAAGCCUUUGACUGCCAUGUACUUACAAAGCAAAAUUCCAGUAAGUGAUUCAUUGUACGGGUCUGUUGAUCGAGACAGACUGAUAAGCACGCCAACAAAAUCUCCCGGCAGUUCUAGGUUUACUCUAAAGCCAUCUUCGAGAACAAUUGGCAUGGAAUAUGAUGAUCUUCGGUUGUACCCUGUGGAUGACUUGUACAGGAUGAAGCACGGAUAUGGAGACCAGGUGAGUGUGUAUCAUCCCAACACUGGGGAAAUAACGUUCAGGAGUGUAGAGACUGAUUAUGAGUUGGACAAAAAGUCACCCAGCGCUAAAAGAUCUGUUGAAGCCAUUCUAGCAGCGUCUGAAACCAUCAAGAAUCAAGACAUUGCAUCUGAAAUAGAAAUAGGCACCUGUGAAGUGGAGGUGAGUCCCUCAGGGAGACGCGGACGGAAACCAAAAUAUCGGACAGACGGUAUUGAGGAAGACAUAGAGCAGAUAAAGAAAGCUUCAAAGGAUGUAGGUUACACUUUGAAAGGUAAAGGUUUAAAGCAAAGAAAAGAUGGCAAAAAGCGCAAGAAGCCAAGAAUCAGGUUGACAUUAACUAAAGCUAAGCAUCGCCAAUUGGCCAGUAGGGUCUAUCUGGAUGACGCUGAGGAUGAUGAUGACGAUGACAAUAAGGAAGAAUACGAGCCUAUUUCUGUAACGAAAUCAAAACGAGGGCGAAAACGCAAAGACGCUGUAGAGAGCACAAACAUUAUUUAUCAAUGUGAAUACUGCGAAAAGCAGUUUAAAACAAGAGACAAGGUGAGGGCUCACACGAAGAUUCACACGGAAGAACGUGCGUUUGGUUGUGACAUCUGUGGUUCAAGUUACAGACGACGUGAGCAUCUCAUUCGCCAUUACCGUCGUCACACGAAUGAUCGGCCGUACGAAUGCAUGGAGUGUGGAAAGAGUUACAUGAGAGCUGAACACUUGAAGAGACACAGUUACGAUCACACAGGAGAAAAGCCAUUUGAGUGUCCCAUCUGUCCGAAAAAGUUCACUCGGCAUGAUAGACUCAUUAAACAUUCCUUAGUUCAUGAUAAGUAGACAUAGGCUUUGUUGUGUAAUGCCCCUCAUCAAAGAUGGUAUGGUAUAGUGUGUUGCUAAUGUCUAUCAGAAAGUAGGUAACUUAACUUUCUUCCCACUCUCAUAACACUUCAUAAAAAAUAUUGGCCUGACAUAUCAGUGUUGUUUUUCACCUUUUUGGGAAUGGGGCUGGGUAACUUUGGAUUGGGAAACAUUGCUGCGUUUUACCUAAAUUUGGGAUAUCACUUGUUAGUAUUGUUUUUGUUUUGCUAACAAAUACUUGAAAAUUGAGAAUAAAUGGUGUUUUCAAUAUAAUAUUUUCUUAGAUUCAACUUAUAAAGCUGGACGGGAGAUGAACUAAAUUUUAAGAUCUUAUUAUUUUUUUGGAAACCUUCAAUUGGAAAUUUACAGGUCCAAUUUGUGAUAUAUAUUUUCCAUUGGUCCAUAUACCGUCCCCUAAUUUGAAAGAACAAAAAACACUGCAUAUAUCUAAGUCACUUUCAAUUAUAAGCCAAAACCAUUCAUGGAACUGUGAAGCAUUGCCUUUGAACAAUCAAAAACUCGUUUAGUGCACAUUUCUGCUCUCCUUUUUUCAUCAGAUUUUUACCAGUGUUCGUGUUGUAAGUCGUAAAAUUAAAUCAAAGCAAAGUGCAAUUUAUAUUCAUAUUGUCAACGAAAAGGUAGAAAUGCGGUUCUUGAUUUUCAAUAAUGGGUAUUUUAAGCUGGUUAUGAUCUUUAUUUAAGAAGUUUUAAUCAAUACUACACCAGACUUUAUGAAAAUUAGCGGUCAUUUAUCCUCAGUAGGCAAGUUCAGUUAUCAGAUAAAUGGACCCAGGAAAUGCAAAAUUAUAGCCUUUGAUUUAUAAGAAAUUACCUGAAUAGCAGUGCAAUGUUCAUUUUAUUUUCAAUUGAUCCUAACUAUAUGUGGUUAUAAAGAGUGCUUUUGGCAUUGAAAGGGCAAUCAAUUUCAAUAUUUCGAUUUUAAGUAAUAUGAUGAUAAUAUAAUGUUUAAAAAUUCCUUGAACUUAGCAAUUAAAGCUUUUUUGGUCUGUCAGAAACACAUACGAAUUUGAAAGGAUCAAUAGAUAUGUUACUUCAAACACGCACAUUAUAUUCUCUUCAACAGUAAGCUGAAAUCAGGGUCUAUGAUAUAUGUCGUGUAACUCUUGUUUACUGUUGCUUCUGUUGAUGUGGAUAUUCUUGAAACAGAUCUAACACUUAUGUACAACAUUUAAGUAGAUAUUUAAUGAUUGUAAUAUAAUAUUCCAGUUUGAUGAUGAUCUUUCAUUGAACUUAUAUUUUGUUUUUAGCUCACUUAAGCACUAUGUGCUCAUGCUGAGCUUUUGUGAUCCCCUUUUGUCUGUCGUGCUGCAUCAACAUUUGCCUUGUUAAAACUCUAGAAGCCACAGUUAUUGUCCAAUCUUAAUGAAAUUUGGUCAGAAGAUUUGUGCCAAUGUUAUCUUGUAUGAGUUCGAAAAUGGUUUAGGUUGGUUGAAAAACAUUGCCACCAGGGUCGGGGCAUUUUGCCUUAUAUGGCUAUAAUAAACCCUUGUGGACGCUCUAGAGGCCACAUUUAUUGCCCAAUCUUCAUGAAACUUGGUCAAAAGAUCAGUGUGCGAAUUUCACUUAUGAAACCACUAGUCCGUUCGGGCUACCAGAUGGAAUUGUUCACUAGCCGGAACCAAAGUUUACUAGCCCGAACUGUUUAUCACAAGUUUUUAAAGGAAGUUUAUAUUUUUGACAGUUCUGGAUAGUUUUUAUUGCAGGCAUGGUGUAAUUGAUAAGGAUUACAAAUAACAGUUCAUCCCAAUUAACUGGAAAUGUUAUUAUAAUAUUUAAAUUACACAAUAGGUUUAUAAUAUUUAUGUAUGGAGGAACUCAUCAAUCAAUACCUAACAUGCAGUCAAGAUGCAAAGGUUUAUAUCCAGUCUGUGAAUUAGUUUUGGUGUCAAUUGUCCCAAAUUAAAUUCCGAAAAAAUAAGCCAAGAGUCUGAUGCUGUAUGAUAAAGCGAAUAGAGGGUACCCUCCCCCUUGCUAAUUGUUCUUUUUUAUAGUCUUUCUAGGUCCAAUUCUGGUGAGUACUAUGUGAAAAAUUAUCAACCCCACCAUCCGUAACACCGCAUGUGUAUUCAUCAUUCUAUGUAUUUUUUUUAUCAAGAACGUCGAAAAUGAAUUAAAAUCGACAGAUAAUACCGUGUCCGGAAACGACUGCCCGAAAAUAUAUCAAGAUACGUCUUUUGCACGUGCAAUAAAAUAGGCUUUUUGUUUGAACCCCGGUUUUCUGAAAGUACAGCAUAUUGAACAACCUGGGUAGAUACGCAUUUUAAACGCAUGGUAUCAAAAAAGUAGUCAAACUCUCGCCAUGUCAACAUACUCGGGAAGGUGAGGAAGCGCGAUAUGACGCUAAAUAAACGCUAGAUAUGGUUCUAACAAUGGAUGAAAGUAAUCAUGAUAAUAUUUUUAAGAAUAUUACAUUUUCAAAAGUUGGAAAAAUCACUAGCCCAAUCGGGCUAGUACCUAGGGAAAUUCAGUAGCCCAAAACGAGAUCAACUAGCCCCGAGCUAUCGGGCUAGUGCGAAUUUCGAACACUGGAAGAUUGUUUAUGUCCCCCACCACUAUUGUGGGGGACAUAUUGUUUACGCCCUGUCAGUUGGUCUGUCUGUUUGUUCCAACUUUAACAUUUGCAAUAACUUUUUCAAUAUUCAAGAUAGCUACUUGAUAUUUGGCAUGCAUGAGUAUCUCAUGGAGUUGCACAUUUUGAGUGGUGAAAGGUCAUCCUUCAAGGUCAGAGGUCAAAUAUAUGUGGCCAAAAUCGCUCAUUUUAUGAAUACUUUUGCAGUAUUGAAGAUAGCAACUUGAUAUUUGGCAUGCAUGUGUAUCUCAUGAAGCUGCACAUUUUGAGCGGUGAAAGGUCAAGGUCAUCCUUCAAGGUCAUACAUCAUAUAUCGUCGCUGUCGUUCUCAAACCUCGUAGCUACAAAAUGCCAACUUUUCAGGAGAGAGAAAAAACCGUCUCAUUUUUUUAUAACGAUGUUUUAGAAAUUGAAAUUCUGUAAAAAUACCAAACAAAUGAAGCUGCAAAAUACGGUAUAAGCCAUAGACGCGUAUGCCGUACUGAUAAGUCAUACUGACAGUCAGACAUGGUAGCUCUGAUAUUUUGUCACCACAGUUUUGUCAUUUUUAUGAGGUACGACAAUUCGUCCUGAUAGGAAACCUCGUAGUUGCAAAUAAAAACUUUUAUAAAACCGUUUUUGUCAAAUUUGUCCAAACGAAACGACGUACCUACAGGUGAAAUGGCGUUGCUACGACUUUUCGCCGGGAAAAAAGCCAACAAUCAUUCUACAACAUUUUGUCACGUGGCUUUUUCAAGGGCUCUGAUUGGCGUAAAGCUACGAGAUAUAGCACAAAACACGCACCAGACUUAAUAUAUUCGGAAAAGACGAAAAAAUAUUUUGAAAAUUUUGGAGCUACGAGGUUUGAGAACGACAGCGACGAUAUGGGGACAUAGUGUUUCACAAACACAUCGCUUGUUUGCAAUUAUAUCUUGGACUAGUUUGAAAAUGGUUCCCUCUUAGUCUAGUUGAAAAACAUGGUCGCCAGGAGGCGGGGCAUUUUUCCUUAUAUGGUUGUAGUAAAAACUUGUUUCCACUCUAAAGGUCACAUUUAUUAUCCAAUAUUCAUGAAACUUGGUCAGAACAUUUGUUUUCAUGAAUUUUUGGAUGAGUUUGAAAAUGGUUUAGGUCUGUUGAAAAACAUGGCCGCCAGGGGGCAGGGAAUUUAUCCUUAUAUGGCUUUACUAUAGUAAAACCUUGUUAGCAAUCUUAAAAUAGAUAUAUAAAAAGAUACAUGUACAGCUCACACUACAUGAAUCUUUGUCAGUUCUUAUGAUUUCUUGGGCUGCACAGUACAGUUCAGUCCAUUUGUAUCUCAGGUGAGAGACUUUGGACCUGAAAAAGGCCCUCUUAUUGGUUAAAUAGCUCACUGCCAUUGCUUUGUGUAUUACGUUGUACAUGUAUGUGUAAAACAAAUUUCAUGUUGCCUAUUACACAGUUAAACAUAUGCAUUCCCACCUCAUAGAAGAUUUCUGAGAUGUCUCAGCACCUUGUUCAGUUUGUCUAUUCUCACAUGUUGUAAUGAUUUUGUUAGACUUAUAGUCUUACAGCAGAUAACAGUGUUCUUUAAACCUCAAUAUGCACGUUUAUGCAGAAUAGGUGUGAGUCGUUUGAACUCUUUAUUUUGAAGAUUGGAUACCCUCAUUGUGAUCUGUUAAAAAAUCACGAGUCGAACAUGCAAUUGUUUUUUGUUUUGUUGGUGGAUUAUUAUGUCUCGUAUGUCGUUAUUUAAGUUAUUUGAAUUGUAAAUAGAAGUUUAUUCCCAUCGUGGAUGUUAGUCUGAAUAAAUUAUUUGAUUAAACAUUUUAAUCAAGA